GCCCGGGAACCCUGCCUGCCGCAAUGACAGCUCGGGCUCUGUGGCUUCUCUGUUUGCUCGUGGGAUCAGCCCCCGAGGCCCCGGGGCUGGAAAGGAAAGCGUCGCCGCCUCACCACAGAAGGCCCGGCCCCAGCGGCGUCCGGGGCGCCGAGCACACGCCGGGCCCCGCAGCCCCCCGGCGGCCGCGCGCGGCGGACACCGCCCCCCGCGCCUGGCCCGCCCCCCGCCGCCAUAAGGCCCCGCCCCCCGCCGAGAACCGGGCCGGCUUCCGGGAGGCCACGCGCGCGCCCGCCGGCCCGCCGGCCCCGCGCCUCGCGCAGGCAGACAACCGCCCGUCGCCGCGGCGCGCGCGCGCCCGGGCCCUGCGCUUCCCGGCCGCGCGGCGCGCCGCCGAGGCCCCCGACGGCCACGCCCACCCCAACCGGCCGCGCGCCGCCGCCCCGCCCCCGGGGCCCGCGCCCGCGCCGCCGCCGCCGCCGCGGAGCGACCCCGAGCCCGAGCCCUGCGCGCGCGCCUGCCGGGCGGACGCGGACGAGCGCGAGGCCUUCUGCGCCAGCGAGUUCGCAGCCGUGAACGGGAUCGUGCACGACGUGGACGAGCUGGGCACGGGCGUCCGGCUGGUGACGCUGCUGGCGGACCGCGGCGGGCUGUACAAGCUGAGCCGCCUGUACGUCGCUCCCGACGGGGUUUUCCUCCGCGUGCACAUCCUCGCCCUGGACGUCUCCGGCUGCCCGAAGCCGUGCCCAGAGCUGAAGCCUGGCAGCAGGUACAUCGUGAUGGGCCACAUCUACCACAAGAGGCGGCAGCUGCCCGCAGCCCUGCUGCAGGUCCUGCGAGGGCGCCUGCGGCCGGGAGACGGGCUGCUGGGCACCGGCAGCGGCUACGCGAAGAGGUUCAACCGCCGGCGGGCCGGGCGCGUCCAGGGCGCGGCUCUCGCCCAGUGCCCGUGACUCACGGCGGCCUCCGCCCUCCCGGCCCGGGGUCCCCACCCGCAGGCACCGCACGUAGAACCGCGGCUUCCCGAGCCCGGCGGCCCGGCCCCGCCACCCAGCGGUCCCGCGGCUGCGCUGCGAUCCGUCCAGCUAACAGAUCACGGCGUCAUGUCAAGUGUUUAAAUUAUUUUAAUUUAAUGCCAACUCUUCAGUAGAAAUGGUUCGCACACACACGCACACACACAUACAUUUCUUGAAUUGAAAUAUACAACUUUGGAUAGCUUACAUCAUGAAUCAAACCAACUUUUAUAUUCAAACCAUCGCAUUUUAAGUUCUGUACAUGGUGUGGGUAAGCGCAGAGUCCAGGACAAAUACUAAAAUUUUACAUUUGAACAGUCAGUCCUAAGGGGCUCAAUUCCAGUAUCACUCAAACCAAGUGCUCCUGAGGCACCAAGACAUGACACAGUUUGCCUCCCCAAUGCCUUCCUGCUCCUAGUAGCUUAGGGCAGCUAUUCCUAUGCUAAAUGUAUCCUGGGUGUAUCUGAUGUCAUUGCACAAUGAAGACCAAGUGCCAUGUUUGUAAAGCAGUAAACCUUGCUUAGAAGUCUGAUCUUGGAUGUACUUUUUUUUUUUUAGCUUCACCAAACCUCAACAAUUUGAGGAAAAGCCUUUCUCAGAUGUACUCCAGAAAACAAACAGCCUCCCCCCCCCCAGUCAGUAUUCAACAAUGCCAGCACACAAGCAAGCGAAUGUUCCGUUUUCCGACCGGUCUGAAGUAGAUGUGCUCGCUAGCCAUUUAAUACUGAUGCUAUCCUUGAGCCCGCAAGCACACUACAGAUUUUUUUUUUUCGGGAGACAGAGCUGUCCUUGGGUUAACUGCAUGGCUGAAGACUGCUGCUGGGGGCAAGAGAAAGUGCACAGCCCAGAGGCUGACGAUGCACAGGGACCAAGCCACACACAAGCACGGUGCAGGGAAGCAAGUAGCAGCUGCCGGAGUUGUAACAUCUGCUGUCACCUCAUUGGCUCCAAACAUGAGGUGCAUUUAGUAAAAUAAAGUCUAGAGGUCCUAUUAGGAGGGAAAGUACUGCUGAGGGAUUUUUAGAGAAAUUGAUCCAAA